UUGAGGUUCAUAAUUGAAAUAAAAUGAUAAUUUUAUUUCACUGUGCAAGUGUGAAUGGAGGAGCACAAGGAAAGGUUUUCUUCACACCUCAGAGUGUGAGGUUUCCGGUACUCAAGUGAAGCAGGACUGGACCUGCUCUAGGAAAGUCUAGGAUUCUUUGAAUAUCUGGAGUAUCCAGAGUGUAAAAUACAUUUCUAUGCUUAAUUAAAUGUGUGGAUAGAAUACCCCACACAGCACAAUUCUAGAGAAUAGGAAGUGAUUCAUUUUCCUGUUCACCAACAUAUUUUCUCACACCAUAAUGAAUAUACAGGUUUCUUUUUGUUGUUGUUACCUAAGGAAGAUUUUCUUGUAUUUCAAGGAUAUAGUAACUUUCCAUUUAUGUAGCUAUUUUCAUUAAUGUGUUAGGAGGAAAAAAUGAUAAGCUAAAAUGUUAGAGUCUGAUUAUAUACGUGUGCUUGUGGUGUGUGUGUGUGUGUGUGUGUGUGUAAUCCUUUUCCCCUUGGGCAAAAAAAAAAUAUAUUUUUGUAAUGCAAAUAAGAUAGGACGUUUUAAACUUUUUAUAGUGUGGAUUCCCAGUGACCUUUGAGCUCAUGUGAUAGUUCUUUUAGUUUGUAAAGUCAUACUACCAUCAUCUUUUUUUCCUAUCAAAUGGAAUAACCUACAAAUCCAUAUGUUCUGAAAACUUGAGGACAUAGGGCAGUACGUUUAAAUGCUCUAUAAUAAUAUCAACCAUGGAACCUUUUAGAAAUGAUUCAUUCUUGGUGUUUUAGAGAGGUAAUUGUUUAAACACUAUAAUUUUUAUUUUAGAUACUUAUAACUUGAAAUACAGACCUCUAAUCUCUCCUAAAAGUAUUAAUAUGUGAUUACAUUCUGAGAGUCCAUUUUAUAUACUUUAUUUAUUGAUAUUUCUGCAUUGAUGUUAUGACCAUUACCCUCCCACAUCAUAAAAGCACAAGAAUAGAUAGUAGAUUUUGAGUUCUCACAGUCACUUUUUUUGUGUUUUUAUGUCUCCUUCCUUACUUUCAGGUGUGACUUCAUGUAGCAUACCUUUUGCAUCUUUAUUCCCACUUUCUCAUUUUCUGAUUUAAUUUUUAUUGUCUGGAAAAAUUAUUAACCUUUUUAAAAUCGUGUAUUAUUCAGUAAGAAGCAAAUUGUUUAGUGAGGAGGUCUCCUAAAGUUAAAUGCAGAAAAUUUAAUGCAUGGAAUUUGUGACUUUCUUAGAUGUGUUUUGGCUUUUUCCUCUGGUUUUUAUAUGACUUCCAGAAAGUUCAAAAGAGCAUAUAAAUCUCACCCUGGAGUAUUUUUGCUCCUGCGUGACCAUUACACCAAGCAGCUUUGGCAUUUCCAUUUUCUCGUUCUGCUCUUCAUUGUUGUUCAUGUCCUUACUUUAUUCUACUGUAAAUGUCAUCAUAACGUGUGUUAAUGUCAUUUUUUUAGGACAGUGGCACGUACAUGUUUUAGUUCUUGCUGGUUUUGAUACUUCAUGUAUCUAGAACCUGGACAAUAAAAUAUCUAUAAAUUAGGAAGAUAAUUUAGAAAUUUAAAAGUGUCCUUUAAAACACAUUCAUUGUUGUUUUUCUUUCAGAAUGGUGAGGUAGGCCUGGAAACUAUUAUUCUCCUUAAGGUAAUAUUUGUAUUGUGGGACUGUUUAGCUUCCUUCCAUCAACUGUAAGUACAUUAGACCAAUAGAACUCAUUUUUAUGUAGUUUGAGUGCAUUUAGUUUUCAUAGUUUGUGAUUCAGAAUUUCUUAAUGGAUUGUGCUAAACAAAAUUGGAAAGCAGAUGUAAGAUAUCUUUACAGUUUCAUAAAGACAUUCAGACACCUACACAUACUUAUGUACAUAUAGAUAUACAUGUGUCUUUCCAUGUUUGUUGUUGAUUGCCGUUUUUGUCUCUCUAGUGCCUCAAUGGUCCCAGUGAUGUAGGUUCAACUCCAGCUCCCUGUGUUUGUCCUCCAGGAAAACCAGGACUGCAAGGCCCCAAAGGUGAACCUGGACAGCCUGGGAACCCUGGCUACCCUGGACAAUCUGGUCAAGAUGGGAUAUCAGGGAAUUGCAGGAUCACCAGGUGUCCCAGGAUCCCCAGGAAUACAAGGAGUCCGAGGACUACCAGGUUACAAAGGAGAACCAGGGAGAGAUGGUGAAAAGGGUGACCGUGGACUUCCGGGUUUUCCUGGGCUUCAUGGAAUGCCAGGAUUAAAGGGUGAAAUGGGCCCCAAAGGAGAUAAAGGAUCAACUGGAUUUUAUGGCAAAAAGGGUGCAAAAGGUGAAAAGGGGAAUGCUGGAUUUCCUGGCCUUCCUGGACGUGCUGGAGAACCAGGAAGACAUGGAAAGGAUGGAUUAAUGGGUAGUCCUGGUUACAAGGGAGAAGCAGGACCUCCAGGUGCUCCAGGUCAGGAUGGAUCACAAGGAGAGCCUGGAAUGCCAGGAUUUCCUGGAAACCAAGGAUUAAUGGGACAAAAAGGAGACAUUGGGCCUCCAGGACCACUAGGAAAAAAAGGAGCUCCAGGGAUUCCUGGUUUGAUGGGACAUGAUGGCUUGCCCGGUCAGCCUGGAACACCAGGAUCUAAGGGAAAUAAAGGUGAACCUGGACUUAAAGGGAUGACUGGGGCUUCUGGACUAAAGGGAGAACAAGGAGCAGUAGGUCUCCCGGGAGAACCAGGAUACCUGGGUUUACCUGGAAUUCAAGGAAAAAAGGGGGACAAAGGAAGUGAAGGUGAAAGAGGCAUUCAGGGCCAAAAGGGAGAAAAUGGAAGAGAAGGGAUCCCGGGGCAACAGGGAAUUCAAGGCCAUCAUGGUGCAAAAGGAGAGAGAGGUGAAAAGGGAGAGCCUGGUGUCAGAGGUGCCACUGGACAAAAAGGAGAGUCUGGGAUGGACGGCCUGAUGGGGCCUGUGGGUCCCCAGGGGCAGCGUGGGGUAGCAGGUCCUCAGGGACCUCCAGGAUUGGAUGGGAAACCUGGGAGAGAAUUUUCAGAACAGUUUAUUCGACAAGUUUGCACUGAUGUAUUAAGAGCUCAGCUACCAGUCUUACUUCAGAGUGGAAGAAUUCAUAGUUGUGAUCAUUGCCAGUCCCAGCACGGUUCCCCUGGUAUUCCUGGGCCACCUGGUCCCAUAGGCCCGGAAGGUCCUCGAGGAUUUCCUGGUUUGCCAGGAAGAGAUGGUGUUCCUGGGUUAGUGGGUGCUCCUGGACGUCCAGGUGCCAGAGGAUUAAAAGGUCUACCAGGAAGAAAUGGGGCAAAAGGGAACCAAGGGUUUGGGUACCCCGGAGGACAAGGUCCUCCUGGUCCCCCAGGUCCGGAGGGCCCUCCUGGAAUAAGCAAAGAAGGUCCUCCAGGAGACCCAGGUCUCCCAGGCAAAGAUGGAGAUCAUGGAAAACCUGGAAUCCAAGGGCAACCAGGACCCCCUGGCAUCUGCGAUCCAUCGCUAUGUUUUAGUGUAAUUGUCGGAAGAGAUCCAUUUAGAAAAGGACCAAACUAUUAGUGUCUGAUGCCUCACUCAGCAACCUAGGCAUGGUGCUUUUCUCUUGUGGUCUUUUGCAUCUCAGGAAGAUAACAACAGUAAUCCCUUGAAAAGGAACUAAAGUACCUCGGUGUUUUUAUUAUUAUUUUUUUCUUAAGGAAAAAUAUAUAAAAGGUCACAUAUACUGAUUCUAGAGACCCUGCAGUAAUUCAAGAGCCUUUAGAUUAGUAGCAUUAACUAAAUCUCAAGGGUUUCUUGUAAGUCCAUUUAUUUUAAUCAAAGUUGAACAUUAAAAAAACCCGCCAUUGCCUGUUACCAGUCAAUUUCAGUCACUGUGAAAUAUUUCACAUUCAGCCUCCAUGCAGCAGAGUAUUUGGGUUCAAUUUCAUGUCUGUGUGAAUUUCAUGUUUCAUAUCUCAUAGCACAUGCUUGUCACAUUAGCCAAAACACAUGUCUGGUGUCGUUGGAAAGAACAUCAGGGCUGACACUCGGCUAGGACCGACUGUAUUGCCACUUACUCCGGUGUCUGUCCUAACUGGGGAGGGACAGUGGACUGGUGGGUGUUCAGGGUUUUGAAUGAUCACCUCUGAAUGAGAUGAAAGUGUUCCUUAAGUACAUGUGCAAACCCUCAAAUUAUGCUGAGAGACAGUAUUGAUUACAUGGGGAAUGGUCAAAAUGGUGUCACGUUAAGAAUAUGUUAGAAAAAAGUUUCAUUGUACCUGGUCAGUAUGUUCCAAGGAAAUGCAGGUUCAGGAAUGCUAAAAAGACUUCAUUCUUCACAUUUGCUUAGUAAUUGGAAUGUUUGUUGUAUGCCUUCAUCUUCCAUUUCACUUAUUAUAUGUGUAUGUUCCUAUAUGUUAACUUUGAUUUGUAGCAAAGCUAAUGGGAAUAAAUGCUCUAGUCAAAAGGAAAGAUAACUCCACAGCUCCUAGUACAUGUUGAUAUUUUUAGCAGACUUUAAAAUAUUAUGAACAGUCUUUGUGUACUGUACUUACUGCUUUUGUAAGGCACAUGUUUGAGAUAUUUCAUCCUAAUCAUGCUCUAAAUUUUGUUACAUGCUUGUUACUCAAAGUACAAUAAAGUUUUGUACAGGCCUGUUUGCCGUGGUUUCUUUUUUAUACAUAAUUUGAACUGAUGGAGGAGUAUAGUAUCCAUAUCCCAUAGUCACUUAUUCAGUGGAUAUACUUUAUUAUUUACCCUAUUCUCUACAAACUUGUUCAUCUGAAAUAAGAACUUAGAAAUUCGGUUGGUAUGCUACUCACAUAAAGAUAUGGUGCAGCAUCUCCUUCCUGGCCCAAGAGUGGCUGUGGAUCUGUGUUUAGUUUAACUGACGUGUCAUUCUACCACUCUGAUGAGGACCUCAUAACAUUCAGUAGCAGAGUUGACACAAGGCUUGUUUUUUGUUGUUUUUGCUUUUUUUAUUGAAGUAUGGUUGACACACAGUGUUACAUUAGUUUCAGGUGCACAACAUAGUGAUUCAGCAGGUCUGUACGGUGUGCUGUGCUCGCCGUCUGUCACCACACAACGCUAAAACAUACAGUGUAGCCACCGUCUGUCCCCAUACGCUGCCGUAAUGGUAUCAUCGACUGUAUUGCCUCUGCUGUACCUUUCAUCAUUCCGUAACUAGGAGCCUGUAUCUCCAACUCCCUUUCACCCAUUUUUCCCAUCCUCCCAUUCAUCUCCCCUCUGGCAACUAUCAGUUUGUUCUCUGUACGUAUAGGUAUGUUUCUGCUUUCUGUUUGUUCAUUUUGUUUUUUAGAUGCCACACGCAAGUGAAAUCAUACGGUAUUUGUCGUUCUCUGACUUAUUUCACUUAGCAUAAUAUGCUCCAGGCCCAUCCAUGUUGUUGCAAAUGACAAGAUUUCAUUCUUUUUUAUGGCUGAGUAAUAUUCCAUUGCAUAUAUGUACACCACGUCUUCUUGAUCCAUUCAUCUAUCAGCAGAUGCUUGGGUUGCCUCCAUAAUUUGGUGGUUGUAAAUAAUGCUGCAAUAAACGUAGGGGUGCAUAUGUCUUUUUGAAUUAGUGUUUUUGUUUUCUUUGGGUGAAUAUCCAAUGGUGAAAUUAUUGGAUCAUACAGUAUUUCUAUUUUUAAUUUUUUGAGGAAUCUC